UGGGGUUGGGGCCGCUGAGUCCGCAAGCGUGCGCUCUUGCAAAGGCUGCCGUGCCGGGCUCGCCAGUCGAGCAGGCGCACGGCGGGCACCCGCGAGCCCUGCGGCCGCGGACGGGACGGCGCCUCGAGACCUGCCCUCCAUGCCUGGGCCUCCCGGUCUUGUAGCGGGAACAGGGGGAGGCGGCGGCAGCUGUUUGGGCCAAAGCCGGGUCCGCCGACGGCCCACCUGGACGCUUGAGCCCAGCGGAGCCCGGCCUGCGGGCUGCAGACUCCUUCAGUCUGGGACAGCUUCUCAGUCAUUCCUGGUCUUCCGCGACCUUAACUCUUAAAGAGUCCUGGUCAGAGUGCUGCUGCUGGAGGCCAAGCAAGGAAGCGUGGAUUUCCCCCUACCCAACGAUAGAGUCAGCACUCUCCCUUCCCCACCAGCAUGGUUCUUGCAAAAACCUGCUGAAAUGGAAAACCUAAUAUAAGCUCCAGGAUAAGUCUCAGCAAAGAAAGAGAAGAUAGAAGGAACUAAAUGGAGAUUUGAGAACUGAAGAAUGUAGUAACCAAAAUUAAAAAAAAAAAAAAAAUCACUGGUGGGCCCAGUAGAAGAAUGGAGAUGACAGAAGAAAGAACCGGUGAACAUGAAAACAAACAGGAGAAAUUAUCCAAUUUAAACCGUGAAGAGAAAAUAGACUGGGAAAACAAAUUGAACAGAACGUUAGACAUCUCUAGGACAAUACUUUUUUAAAAUUUAGCAUUCGUGGACCAGGCUUCUGAAAAGUAGACAAAAGAACAUUCUUCAGGGCCACGCAAGAGGAAGGACGUACUACGUCCAGGGGAAAGGCGCUUCACGUACAGUAGAUUCCUCCUCAGAAACAUGGCAGCCGGAGGGAGGCUGCCCAGCCUAAGCGUUUGUGUGCUGAGAGAAAGCACUGUCACACUGAAGUUCUGUCCCAGUGAAAAUAUCCUGUAGGAAAGAAGGGGAAAUCAAGACAUUUUCUUCACCUGAAGGAACACUGGGAGAAUUUGCUCUCAGCAAAUUUCCCUAAAAUGAUGACCAAAGGAAGUUCACCGGAGAAGUGGUAACAGAAGAAAACCUGGAACAUCAGGGACAAAGAAAGAACAGGAAGAGUAAAAAUGCUUGUGCUGGCGCUAGGGGCGCCCGCGGGGAUGGGUAGAGCCCGCCAGGCCUGCGGCGCCGCCCGGGGGCUGUGCUGGCGCUAGGGCCCCACAGCGGCAUUAGGAUGCACCUGUCGGCCGUGUUCAACGCGCUCCUGGUGUCGGUGCUGGCGGCGGUGCUGUGGAAGCACGUGCGGCUGCGCGAGCAUGCGGCGGCGCUGGAGGAGGAGCUGGCCGCUGGCCGCCCCGGCCCGGAGCCCGCCCCCGCGCCCAGGAUCGACUACCCCAAGGCCCUGCAGCUCCUGGCGGAGGGCGGCACGCAGAUGGUGUGCAGCGGCCGCACGCACACCGACCGUGUGUGCCGCUUCAAGUGGCUCUGCUACUCCAACGAGGCCGAGGAGUUCAUCUUCUUCCACGGCAACGCCUCGGUCAUGCUGCCCAACCUGGGCUCCCGGCGCUUCCAGCCGGCGCUGCUCGACCUGUCCACCGUGGAGGACCACAACACCCAGUACUUCAACUUCGUGGAGCUGCCGGCCGCCGCCCUGCGCUUCAUGCCCAAGCCCGUGUUCGUGCCCGACGUGGCCCUCAUCGCCAACCGCUUUAACCCCGACAACCUGAUGCACGUUUUCCACGACGACCUGCUGCCCCUCUUCUACACCCUGAGGCAGUUCCCGGGGCUGGCGCACGAGGCGCGGCUCUUCUUCAUGGAGGGCUGGAGCGAGGGCGCUCACUUUGACCUGUACAGGCUGCUCAGUCCCAAGCAGCCACUCCUGCGGGCGCAGCUGAAGGCGCUGGGCCGGCUGCUGUGCUUCUCCCACGCGUUCGUGGGUCUCUCUAAGAUCACCACCUGGUACCAGUACGGCUUCGUCCAGCCCCAGGGCCCCAAGGCUAACAUCCUUGUGUCCGGCAAUGAGAUCCGGCAGUUUGCCCGGUUCAUGAUGGAAAAGCUGAACGUGAGCCACGCGGGGGCGCCCCUGGGCGAAGAGUACAUUUUGGUUUUCAGCCGCACCCAGAACAGACUCAUCCUGAAUGAGGCCGAGCUGCUGCUGGCGCUGGCCCAGGAGUUCCAGAUGAAGACGGUGACGGUGUCCCUGGAGGACCAUGCCUUCGCCGACGUCGUGCGGCUGGUCAGCAAUGCCUCCAUGCUGGUCAGCAUGCACGGGGCCCAGCUGGUCACUGCCCUCUUCCUGCCCCGCGGGGCAACCGUGGUGGAGCUCUUCCCCUAUGCGGUCAAUCCGGACCACUACACCCCCUAUAAGACGCUGGCCACGCUGCCCGGCAUGGACCUCCAGUACGUAGCCUGGCGGAACACGAUGCCCGAGAACACGGUCACGCACCCCGAGCGGCCCUGGGACCAGGGGGGCAUCACCCACCUGGACCGGGCUGAGCAGGCCCGUAUCCUCCAGAGCCGUGAGGUUCCGCGGCAUCUUUGUUGCCGGAACCCUGAGUGGCUCUUCCGCAUCUACCAGGACACCAAGGUGGAUAUCCCGUCCCUCAUCCAAACCGUGCGGCGUGUGGUGAAGGGCCGGCCUGGGCCACGGAAGCAGAAGUGGACCGUCGGCCUCUACCCAGGCAAGGUUCGGGAGGCGCGGUGCCAGGCGUCCGUGCAGGGCGCCUCCGAGGCCCGCCUCACCGUCUCCUGGCAGAUCCCCUGGAACCUCAAGUACCUGAAGGUGAGGGAGGUGAAGUACGAGGUGUGGCUCCAGGAGCAGGGGGAGAACACUUACGUGCCUUACAUCCUAGCCCUGCAGAACCACACCUUCACCGAGAACAUCAAGCCCUUCACGACCUACCUGGUGUGGGUCCGCUGCAUCUUCAACAAGAUCCUCCUAGGACCCUUUGCAGAUGUGCUGGUGUGCAACACGUAGCGAGUGUGCUGUGGCCAGGCCGCGGUGGGGGGCGGGGAUGGCUCCCCUGGCGCAGUGGGUCCAUUGGUGUCCUGCGGUGGCUUCCAGGAAUUAUUUAUUUAUCGAGCAGGCCUUCCCCAGGCCUGUGCCUCCGCGUCUUCUUACUGGGUCUAGAGCGUGACGUUCCCAGCACUUUUUGCACUGGUUAGUGGGACCCUCCCAACCCCCUUCUCCUGUCCUGAGCCUCCGUACCCUGGAGAAGGUCCUCAGUGGGAGGAGAAAGAAGGAGAAUGAAAAUCCUAAGGAGCCUCUGGCUGAGAAAUCGUGCUGUACCGUACUGAAUCUCUCUGGUUGAUAUCGAGAUGUCUGGAAACUGUGAGUAAAUCAUGUGGUUGCUUGGGUGGGUGGUUCAUCAGCUUCCAUCAUCAUGAAAUUCACCUGUAGCACAGUGAAGGUGUGUUUGGAACAUUCAUUAAAUGAUUAUAAACAUC